AUGGCAGGCGGACAAGUUCGGAGUGGCGAUAAAUCCCGCAACCACUACAACAACCCCCCUGGCUUCAAGCAUCUCAUCUACCCACAUCUUACCUGGCCCACAUCUUACCUGCCCACAUCUUACCUGCCCACAUCUUACCUGCCCACAUCCCACGUGCCCAACCACCCCUCUCACCUGCCCACCUCUCACCUGUCGCGUGCCCCUCAUCUGUUCCCCAAACCUCACCGCCAGGCUCGGCCGCGCCUGGAGCGGUCGGAGGUGGUGGCUCGGGAGGGCGAGGGCACGAACGUGGAUGAUGUGCGAACGAGCUUCGGCACGUUCUUGGACUACCAGCAGGAUGACGUCAUCAAGGCCAUUGAGCAGCGCUUGGCCGCCUGGACCUUCCUCCCUGUUGAGAACCAGGAGGCGAUGCAGGUGCUGCGAUACCAGGAGGGGCAGAAGUACGAGGCACACCACGACUUCUUUGAGAAGGAGGGGCAGCAGGGCGGCCACCGCUAUGCCACGGUGCUCAUGUACCUUACUGAGGGGCUGAUGGGGGGCGAAACAGUGUUCCCAGAUGCCAAGGACCCUGUGGAGAAGGACGACACGUGGUCGGAGUGCGGCAAGCAGGGUGUGGCAGCCAAGCCAAUCAAAGGCGAUGCGCUCCUCUUCUUCUCCCUCACCCCGUCCGCCGAGCUCGACCUCAAAUCCCUUCACGCGGGCUGCCCGGUAAUUUCCGGCGAAAAAUGGUCCGCAACAAAGUGGAUCCGUGUGGAUGCCUUCUACACCCCCUCUGGAGCCCCGGCUGUAGCACCCCCCUCGGAUGGGUCGUGUGAGGACAAAGCGCAGCACUGCGUGUAUUGGAAGACUCAGGGCGAGUGUGACAAGAACCAGGAGUACAUGAAUGCGAAUUGUCCUAAGUCGUGUGGUGUAUGUUCUUUGUAA